GGCUUUUGUUUCAUGUCAUUAGUCAUGCCAUUGUGCUAGUUUUGUUUUAAUUAGUCUAGUUAAUUAUCCGCCAUUGGGCGCCUCCUUGAUUUGCCUUUUUGUAGUUUGUUUGUUUAUUACGUUUAAACAUGUACUCACGUCCACGCCUGGCUCGUUCCAAACAUUCUCUGCAUCGAAGAAACAACCCUAAUCCAAGUCAAAGUAUGACAAAUAUGAGUGUUGUCCGUCUAUCUGCAUUGGCCCUGCGAUGAGGUGGCGACUUGUCCAGGGUGUAGACUGCCUUCCACCCGGUUGUAGCUGAGAUAGGCACCAGCGUCCCCAAAAGGGAAUAAGCGGUAGAAAUGGAUGGAUGGACUUCCGAAAUAGAACUGAGAAUGGAAACAGCGCGGAGCAGCACCAGCAGGGGCUGAGCUUCGAUGCCGGGGAGAUGAUCAAGGUGGUGCAGUCUCCGCCUGGUGGAUGGUGGGAAGGAGAGAAAGAUGGAGCGAGAGGAUGGUUUCCUUCAAGUUAUGUCCAGGUGUUGGAGAGAACAGCAUCGCUGAGUCGGCUUCCUGUGGAGGACAUAAAAGACCCUCUGCCUCCUCACUGGAAGUGCUACAUGUCUCCACAAGGGCGGCGAUACUAUGUCAACACGACAAACAACGAGACAACAUGGGAGAGACCUUCCAGUGUACCCGGGACUCCAAAAUCCUCCUUGCGCCACAAGAGCUCCUUGCAAGCAGUGAAUGGAGUGAAUGGUGGGAGUUUGGAACAUCCACACAACAGUCUGAUCCGGAAAAGCAGUACAGAGCCACAGUGUCCGGGAUCAACGUCGCCCACCAGGAAACAGAACAAGGAGACCACAGUGACGAUUAAUUGUGUGACUUUCCCUCUGCCUGCCUCCAUGCCAGAACAGCAGCUGCUUAAGCCAAAUGAAUGGAGUUACUGUGACUACUUUUGGACUGAUAAGAAGGAUGCCCAGUGCAAUUAUUACAUCACCGGGUUUGAAGUGUUAGUGCAGAAGCAGUUCAAAGGGAAACAGAUGCAGAAAGAGAUGGCUGAGUUUGUCCGAGAGAGGAUAAAAAUAGAGGAGGAGUACGCCAAGAAUCUUUCCAAACUUUCCCAGAUCCCUCUUGCGAGCCAGGAAGAAGGGACUCUUGGGGAUGCUUGGGCCCAGUUGAAGAAGAGUCUGGCGGAUGAAGCGGAGGUUCACCUGAAGUUCUCCUCCAAACUCCAGAGUGAAGUGGAAAAGCCUUUACUGAGCUUCCGAGAGAACUUCAAGAAGGACAUGAAAAGGCUGGACCAUCAUAUUGCAGACUUGCGGAAGCAGCUGGUUGGUCGCUACACUUUAGUGGAGAAGGCCCGUAAAGCUCUGGCUGACAGACAGAAGGAGUUGGAACUGAAAACACAGCAGCUGGAAUUGAAACUCAGCAACAAGAUAGAGGAAGACAUCAAGAAAGCCCGAAGGAAAUCAACGCAAGCAGGAGAUGAGCUCAUGCGCUGUGUGGACCUGUACAACCAGUCCCAGUCCAAAUGGUUUGAGGAAAUGGUUACCACUAGUCUGGAGUUAGAGCGACUGGAGGUGGAGCGGGUGGAGAUGAUCCGGCAGCACCUGUGUCAGUACACCACUUUACGACAUGAGACGGACAUGUUCAAUCAAAGUACGAUGGAGCCAGUGGACCAGCUGCUGCAAUGCGUGGAUCCGACCAAAGACCGAGCACUGUGGGUGAAGGAGAACAAGACGGGAGAAGUCCGGCCUGUGGACAUUGAGAUCUAAACUACUGUGGAGAGGACAAGGCCUUCAUAUCUUGCACACUGACUUUGAAGACAACAUGUCUUCCCGGACGUGGAUCUGCAUGUUGCGUCACUACAGCAGCCAUCAUCCACUUAAUGACUCCUGGAACAAAAAGGUGAUCUUUCACCUCCGGGUGAGAUCCUGCUGAGGAUGAUAAUGUCUCUUCUGGGCUGAGAUUUACACAACAACCAACUAAAUAGACAAAAGGACAUUUGUGUAUCUUGAGCUGCGUAAAUCUGCCGUUUGUUGUGCUUCUGCGCUGUGUGGACAUUCUGACUUCAGACGCAAAACAUUUGAUCAAAUGCUGCUAAGCAAAGUGCAUUAUUACCUUAAAGUAUUGCAUAACUGUGUAACUUUUAUUCCACAUUUAUUACAGGUACACAUGCGGUAAUAAUGGCUGCAGCAAUUAACCACACAACUCUUUCAAUGAAGUUUUGACCUAUGAGCGUGAUUUAUUUUUAUAAAAGACUUUAUAGCCACUAUCACAACGAUCAUUAUGAGACAUAAUAUACAGUGAUGCCUAAAAACUUAUCUUAUUUUUUUUUCCCUCGAUUCCAGACAUAAUCAAAUUCCUUUAAUUAAACACAAAAAAAUUCCAUUUUAGUGAGUAAACAAUAACUUGAUAUAAAAAAUAUGAAAUUGUCUUAAAGGCCUCUGGAUAAGACGUUAUCUCAGGGUUAGGUGAAAAAGGUAUUAAGUAAAAAGGCAGUCCAUAAACGUGUUAAUUUUAGUUGGUAAAAAAAAUAUCUACAUAUAUAAAGUAAAUGAAAAGUGCAAUGGUUAAGUUGUGGUCAAAAAAAAUCAUUCCAAAACCUAUUGAAUAUUAUGUGUUCAAUUUGUACUUUAAAACAAAGAAAUCCAUGUAUUGCAAGGUAUGUAGCCAGGUCUGUAAAUGUGCGCUGUUUAAUGAGCAGAUUAAUAUAUUUUUGGGAGAAUGACUUUGUUUGAUUAGCCAAGUGUCAAUAUGGUGCAAUAAAAAGUUACGCAAAAAAGUUUAAGGGAACACUUUCAAUUGUUCAUUUUUUUGUUGCAGUUCUUGAACAAAUACACUGGAAGUGUUUUUAGGGGUUAAUUAUGCAAGUUUGAUAUGCAAUCUUAAGGCGAUGUGAAAUUAGGGAUAGAACCCACAAAAAUGUUUUUUUUGUAAAGUUAUUUUUACUUUUUUUCUUUUAAUUCACAAAAAUGUCAGUUUAGUGAUUCAUGGGAUCUGAACAUUAUUGACUCCUUUAUAAAUGCCUCCGUCUUACUGAUCAUAGGCAUAGUGGUCUACUGUACUUUGGUGUAUCAAUAUCUCAGCCUCCAAUGUUUUUAAACCGCCAAAUAGUUGGGACUGAGUCAACGGCACCCUGCUGGUUGUGUCUAUGUAGUGCACUUACAGUAAGAAGGGGAGUUACUGUACAUGGCCCCAUUCAUCACAGUGUACCUGACACAUGAAACAUGACGAAUUGGGGGUUUGCACUAUCCACUUUAUCCGUCAGAUGGCUGUGGAAUGUUGAAUAUCCAAAAAUUUGUUUUGUGGCAAUUCCAACACAGCGUAAGUGGCUAUGUAGAGUGGCGCUUUCCAUAAUUUUCACCAGACUGCAUUGCAAUACAAAUUAAUUUUUGUAAAAAGGCUAAAAAGAAAGUUCUACAUAUAUUUAAAGAGAAAGCUCUGUGUUAUUUCAUAUCAAUAUUAUACUUCAUUAAUAUUAUGUCAUACAACAAUAAAGCAUUCCAACAUUUCA